AAAUACACACAAGCCAACAGAUACAUACAUACAACCCAACUCAAACCAGCUCAAGCAAUAAUUGAAAGUGUAAAUGGAAGAUAUAAGAGGUUCCAUAGAGUCAGUGAAGCGGCGCUCAGGCAAGACUUACAAUCAGAUAGCCGAGGAGACAGGCUUAACCAACGUAUAUGUAGCUCAGUUGCUCAAGCGCCAAGCUCAACUCAAGCCUGACACGGCUCCUAAGCUCAAGGCUGCCUUGCCUGAGCUCUCAGACCAUGUUCUUCAAAGAAUGAUGGAACCACCCAUGAGAUGUUAUGAUCCUAAUCUCAUUCAAGAACCCACUGUUUACAGACUGAAUGAAGCUGUCAUGCACUUUGGUGAGAGCAUCAAAGAUGUUAUCAAUGAGGAAUUCGGGGAUGGCAUAAUGUCAGCUAUAGACUUCUACUGCUCUGUUGAUAAAGUCAAAGGUGUAGAUGGGAAAGAUCGAGUAGUUGUGACUUUUGAUGGGAAGUAUCUGCCUUACUCUGAGCAGAAAUCUGAGCAUAUGGUAUCCAAGAUAAAGGAAUCAUGCAAAUGAAAGAUGAGGGUACCUCUAACGAACUGCAUAAACCUUCUAAAUAUGUUCUAUAUGUAUGUUUUGUAUUUCUGCUUGAAUUCUGCUUUUAUCUGAGUAUCCAGCAAUCUGAGCUGUAUUUCUCUUGUAUCUGGGUAUCAUGUUUGAAGCUCGUUGAGCUUGCUUGUGCAAAGCUUAUAUUGGACGGAACACAAUAUAUAAUACUCCAUAUAUAAAUAAAAUUAAGAGCCUCAUGCUUCAGUGAUCA